AACUAACUGCUGCUCGGUGCGGGACCGCUCCGCCGGCGUCGCGAGGCGCGAUCGCUCGGCCAGCGAGAAGCGGACGCAGUAGUUCUCCGACUACCACAACACGCGCUCGCUCUUCUCUCUCUCUCUCCUCUCUCUCCCUCGCUCACCUCUCUAAUCCAGUGUCGUAUCGGAGGCUGCUAAACAAUAACACACGACACACGCAACGCCAGAGGAAAGAGUAAAUUUCGAGCUUUGCAACGAUACAUAGAUUCGUUAUACUGACGAAAAAAGAGAAGUAGCGAAAAUGACUGUGGUCGACGUGCCGGAGCAGCAGCAGCAGCAGCAGCAGCAGCUUGAGCCGCGUCAGCAGCCACUGCAGUGCUACCUCGCUCUCGAGAAUGGCAGUUAUUUUGCCGGCACGGCUUUCGGUGCCGCUAAACCCAUCGAUGGAGAGAUCGUCUUUCAAACUGGCAUGGUCGGCUAUCCCGAAUCGCUGACCGACCCGUCCUACUGCGAACAGAUACUGGUGCUCACCUAUCCACUCAUCGGCAAUUACGGAGUACCGAGCGACGAAGAGGACGAGCACGGCUUACCGAGAUGGUUCGAGUCGCACAAGAUCUGGGCAGCUGGUCUCGUGGUGAGCGAACUCUGCGCCAAGCCGAGCCACUGGCGCCAGGUGCGCGAUCUGUCCGACUGGAUGAGCGCCCAGGGCGUGCCCGGCAUACAGAACGUGGACACGCGCGCCCUCACCAAGAUCAUCCGCGAGCGAGGCACCAUACUCGGACGCAUAGUCUUCUCUCUGCCGAUCAGCUCGACGCCCAUCGCCGACCCCAACAGCCACAACCUCGUGGCCAAGGUCUCCAGGCAAACGAAAACCGUCUACAACCCGAGCGGCUCACCCACCAUCUGCGUGGUCGACUGCGGUCUCAAGUACAACCAGCUGCGAUGCUUCCUGUCUCGCGGCGCACGGGUCGAGGUCGUUCCCUGGAAUCACAAGUUCCAAAACGAGAAGUACGACGGCCUGUUCCUCAGCAACGGGCCCGGCGAUCCGAGCAUGUGCAAGGAGACCUUCGACAACAUCAGGAGCGUCCUCGCUUCCAACAAGCCCAUCUUCGGCAUCUGUCUCGGGCACCAAUUGCUCUCGCUCGCUGCUGGAUGCAAGAGCUACAAAAUGAAAUACGGUAACCGAGGCCACAAUCAGCCGGCCGUCCACCACGGCACCGAGCGCUGCUUCAUGACCUCGCAAAAUCACGGAUUCGCCAUCGAUCCGCAGAGUUUGCCCGAGGAUUGGGAGGUACUCUUCACCAAUGCCAACGACGCCAGUAACGAGGGUAUCGUGCACUCGAGUCUGCCCUACUUCUCCGUCCAGUUCCAUCCCGAGCACACGGCUGGACCGCAGGAUCUCGAGUGUUUGUUCGACGUGUUUCUCGAUACCGUGCGAGAUCACAAAAGCGGCCGGAACACCGACAUCAGCGUGAAGCAGAGACUCUGCGAUGCCUUGAAGUACGAGUCGAAACGGCCUGCCAUUGAAGCCAGACCAAAGAAGGUCUUGAUCUUGGGCUCUGGUGGUCUCAGUAUCGGUCAGGCUGGCGAAUUCGAUUACUCGGGUUCUCAGGCCAUCAAAGCUCUCAAGGAAGAGAACAUCCAGACUGUCUUGAUCAAUCCCAAUAUCGCCACUGUACAAACUUCCAAAGGCAUGGCCGAUAAGGUUUACUUUUUGCCGAUCCUGCCCGACUACGUAGAGCAGGUCAUUCAGUCGGAGCGUCCCGAUGGCGUGCUGCUGACCUUCGGAGGCCAAACCGCCCUGAACUGCGGUGUUCAGCUUCAAUCGCGCGGAAUCUUUGAAAAAUACGGAGUGAAAAUCCUCGGUACGCCCAUCGAGUCCAUCAUCGAGACGGAAGAUCGCAAACUGUUCGCGGAGCGCGUCAGUGAAAUCAACGGCCAAGUGGCGCCGAGUUGCGCCGUCUACUCCAUCCAGGAAGCCAUCGAAGCCGCCGAGAAGCUCGGCUAUCCCGUCAUGGCUCGAGCUGCCUUUUCCCUCGGCGGUCUGGGCUCCGGCUUCGCCAAUACCAAGGAAGAGCUGAAGGCGCUGGCGCAACAGGCUCUCGCCCACUCGUCGCAAUUGAUAAUCGACAAGUCGCUGCAAGGCUGGAAGGAGGUCGAGUACGAGGUGGUCCGCGACGCCUACGACAAUUGCAUCACCGUGUGCAACAUGGAGAACGUCGACCCGCUGGGCAUCCACACGGGCGAGUCGAUCGUCGUCGCGCCCAGUCAGACUCUGUCCAAUCGAGAGUACAACAUGCUGCGCACCACAGCGGUCAACGUCAUCCGCCACUUCGGCAUCGUCGGAGAGUGCAACAUCCAAUACGCCCUCAAUCCCUUCUCCGAGGAGUUCUACAUAAUCGAGGUGAACGCCCGACUAUCUCGCAGUUCGGCGCUCGCCAGCAAAGCCACGGGCUACCCGCUCGCCUACGUGGCGGCCAAAUUGGCCUUGGGUAUUCCACUGCCCGUCAUCAAGAACUUGGUCACCGGUGAGACGACGGCCUGCUUCGAGCCCAGUCUCGAUUACUGCGUCGUCAAGAUACCCAGAUGGGACUUGAGCAAGUUCCAACGGGUGAGCACGAAGAUCGGCAGCUCGAUGAAGAGCGUCGGCGAGGUCAUGGCCAUCGGCCGCACCUUCGAGGAGGCCUUCCAGAAGGCCCUCCGCAUGGUCGACGAGAACGUCGCCGGCUUUUGCCCUUACCUCAAGAAGGUCAACGAGGAAGAGCUGGAGAAGCCCACGGACAAGCGGAUGUUCGUUUUGGCCGCGGCUAUGAAGGCCGGAUACACUACCCAGCGACUCUGGGAGUUGACCAAGAUCGACAAGUGGUUCUUGGAGAAAAUGCGCAACAUCAUCGAUUAUCAAAGCCUCUUGGAGAAUCUCGAGCAGACCAAGCUCGAGUACGACACGCUGCUGCGCGCCAAACAGUAUGGAUUUUCCGACAAGCAGAUAGCCGUGGCCGUGAAAAGUACCGAACUGGCCAUUCGCAAGCAGAGAAAGGAAAACAAGAUAUUCCCGUUCGUCAAGCAGAUCGACACGGUCGCUGCCGAGUGGCCAGCGAGCACGAAUUAUUUAUACUUGACUUACAACGGUACCACCAACGAUUUGGGAUUCAACGAGGGUUACGUCAUGGUUAUCGGUUCGGGAGUCUACAGAAUCGGCAGCUCGGUCGAGUUCGACUGGUGCGCCGUGAGUUGCCUUCGAGAGCUCCGAAAUCUCGGCAAAAAGACCAUCAUGGUCAAUUACAACCCGGAGACGGUGAGUACGGAUUACGACAUGAGCGAUCGGCUGUACUUCGAGGAGAUCUCCUUCGAAGUCGUUAUGGACAUCUACGAUCAAGAAUCGCCCGAAGGUAUAAUUUUGUCGAUGGGCGGCCAACUGCCCAACAACAUUGCCAUGGACCUGCACAGGCAGCAGGCGAGAAUAUUGGGCACGUCUCCGGAACAAAUCGACGGAGCGGAGAAUCGUUUCAAGUUUUCCAGAAUGUUGGACAGAAUCGGAAUCUCGCAGCCAAGGUGGAGAGAGCUUACGGAUUUACAGGCUGCCGUGGAGUUCUGCCACGAGGUCGGCUAUCCCUGCCUCGUGCGACCGUCCUACGUACUCAGUGGCGCGGCCAUGGCUGUUGCCCAUACGGACAACGAUCUUCAAUCCUACUUGAAAACCGCCGCUAGCGUCAGCAAGAAGCACCCGGUCGUCAUUUCCAAAUUCAUCCUCGAAGCCAAGGAAAUCGACGUCGACGCCGUAGCUUAUAACGGCAAUAUUCUCUGCAUGGCGGUUUCCGAGCACGUAGAGAACGCAGGUGUGCAUUCUGGCGAUGCCACGCUGGUCACCCCACCCCAAGACAUAAAUGCCCAGACUCUGGAAAAAAUCAAAAUCAUUACGCGACAGAUAGCUCACAACUUGGAGGUCACCGGACCCUUCAAUAUGCAGCUUAUCGCCAAAGACAAUGAACUCAAAGUCAUCGAAUGCAAUGUUCGCGUUUCUCGAUCGUUCCCCUUCGUUUCCAAGACUCUGGAUCACGAUUUCGUGGCAAUGGCCACCAAGUUGAUCGUUGGCGAGCCAGUCGAGCCCGUCGAUGUAUUGGCUGGCUGCGGAAAAGUCGGCGUCAAAGUUCCGCAAUUCUCCUUUUCGCGAUUGACCGGCGCCGACGUGAUGCUUGGCGUCGAAAUGGCGUCCACGGGCGAAGUAGCUUGUUUCGGUGACAACCGUUACGAGGCAUAUUUGAAGGGCAUGAUGAGUACAGGUUUUCACAUUCCGCAAAAGGGAAUUUUGCUGUCUAUUGGAACAUACAAGCACAAAACUGAGCUUCUGCCUGCGAUUGCUAGUCUUCAAAAGAUGGGAUUCAAGCUAUACGCUAGCAUGGGUACAGCAGAUUUCUAUUCAGAGCAUAAAAUCAACGUUGAACCCGUGCAAUGGACGUUCGAAGAUGUAGUGGACAGCGAAGACUCAAGCCCGAGCGAGUUGCGAAAUCUUGCCGAUUUCUUGUCGAAGAAGCACUUCGACAUGGUCAUCAAUUUACCGAUGCGCAACGGUGGUGCUCGUCGAGUGUCGAACUUCAUGACCCACGGAUACCGCACUCGAAGACUCGCUGUAGAUUAUUCGGUUCCACUCAUCACCGACGUCAAGUGUGCCAAGCUGUUGGUCGAGGCGAUGCUGAAACUAGAAGGCAAGGCGCCGCUCAUGAAAACCCACACGGACUGCGUGUCGUCGCGCCGUUUGGUUCGUCUGCCGGGCUUCAUCGAUGUGCACGUGCAUGCUCGCGAUCCAGGCGCGACGCACAAGGAAGACUUUGCCUCGUGCACGGCUGCUGCCCUGGCCGGCGGAGUAACCAUGAUCCUCGCCAUGCCAAAUACCGAUCCCGCUAUCGUAGACCAGCAAUCCUUCGCAAUUGCCAAGGAGCGUGCGAAAAUUGGUGCUCGUUGUGACUAUGCUCUUUACGUCGGUGCAUCGUCCGAUAAUUACACCCACAUAUCGGAAAUGGCUCCGUCAGCUGCUGGUCUAAAGAUGUACCUCAACGAAACCUUCACAACUCUUCGUCUCAAUGAUCUCACUGUUUGGGGCAAGCACUUUGAACAUUGGCCUCAAAAAUAUCCGAUUUGCGUUCAUGCUGAGCGCCAAACUACCGCAGCUAUUUUGCUUCUGGCUAAUUUACACAACAGACCGAUACAUGUGUGUCACGUUGCCCGAAAAGAAGAAAUCCAAAUUAUUCGAGCCGCGAAGGAAAAGGGUCUGCCCAUUACAUGCGAAGUGUGCCCUCAUCAUUUGUUCUUGACCGAAGAAAAUUUAGCAAAGAUAGGCGAGGCCAGGGGUCAAGUGAGGCCAACGCUGGCCACUAAAGAAGAUGUUCAAGCUCUUUGGGACAACAUGGACAUCAUUGACGUUUUCUCCACAGAUCAUGCUCCCCAUACAGUGCAAGAAAAAUCUCGUACAUCUCCACCGCCACCACCAGGUUAUCCAGGUCUAGAAACAAUUUUACCACUGCUUUUGAAUGCUGUGAAUGAAGGAAAAUUGGAAAUGGAGGACUUGAUCAACAAAUUUUAUCGUAAUCCAAAACGCAUCUUCAAUCUGCCUGAUCAACCAAACACGUACGUCGAAGUUGACCUCGAUGAGGAAUGGGUAAUUCCAGAAGCCAUGCAGUUCACCAAAUCUAAGUGGACUCCGUUCGCUGGCAUGAAAAUUCGCGGUGCUGUACAUCGCGUGGUUCUACGAGGUGAAGUUGCCUACAUCGAGGGACAGAUCCUCGUCAAUCCGGGCUUCGGUCAAGAUGUGCGCGAACUACAGAAAAAAGUCAAGAUCGUCACACCCUCGAUGCACACGCCAACUGCUGAGCUCAUGAGUCGACCAAGCUCUGCUGCCGAUGUUUUCACGUCGCCGAAUCAAAGAAAGAAUCUAUAUGAAGAUGAUGAGCCUUUGGAUGCUUUUGGUCAUUCAACAAAAUCAUUAUUGGGUCAUGGCACCGAUUUCGUACCAGUACAACGAGCCGUAUCUCCUUUGCCAUUCACUAGUGCAACUCGUCACAAGGGCGAUAGUAAUCCUAAUUUAUUCGUCCAACCACUGCCUCAUCCCACUUCACUAGUGUCGCAUCAUCAUGGCCUCAACGGACACCAUAUUCUCUCAGUUGACAUGUUCAAAAAGGAACAGCUCAAGGAUAUUUUCGAUAUUGCUCACGAUUUCAGAAAAUCUAUUUUAGCUGAUCGAUCAUUGGAUCAUAUUUUGAGGGGAAAAGUGAUGGCCUCCAUGUUUUAUGAAGUAAGCACAAGAACAUCUUGCAGCUUCGAUGCUGCCAUGCAGCGGUUGGGAGGACGAGUCAUUCACAUGGAUGAAAUGAAAUCGUCAACUAAAAAAGGAGAAACUCUCGAAGAUUCCGUUACCAUAAUGGCUGGAUAUGCUGAUGUUGUAGUACUUCGACAUUCCGAACGCGGUGCAGUCAAUAGAGCUGCGAUGCGUUGUCGCAAACCGUUGAUCAAUGCAGGUGACGGCAUUGGUGAACACCCAACUCAAGCACUCUUGGAUAUUUUCACUAUAAGAGAAGAAAUGGGUACCGUUAGAGGAUUGACCAUUACAAUGGUCGGUGAUUUGAAGAAUGGGCGAACAGUACAUUCUCUCGCAAGGUUGUUGGCUCUCUACGAGAACGUUCAACUUCGUUACGUCAGUCCACCAAACUUGGAAAUGCCAGAAGAAAUCGUCAAAUUCGUCGCCAGCAAAGGGACACCUCAGGAGAGAUACAAUCGACUCGAGGAUGUAUUAGCCGAAACUGAUAUUCUCUACAUGACUCGUAUUCAACGUGAGAGGUUUGAUACUCAAGAAGAGUACGAUAGGGCAUGUGGACACUUCGUCGUGACGCCUCAAUUGAUGACGCGCGCCAAGAACAAGAUGCGCGUCAUGCACCCACUACCAAGAGUUUUCGAAAUCAGUCCAGAAUUCGACAACGAUCCAAGGGCUGCUUACUUCCGACAAGCUGAGAAUGGCGUUUACGUACGUAUGGCACUACUGGCCAUGGUACUUGGACGUUGUUAAUGAUUUUUCAUGCAUACUGACAUCUUGGAUUUUCCGAUGCAAGCAAGACUACGGUUCUUUUGAUCCAAGAAUUUUCAUUAGUUUUUAAGCUGCCUUUUGGGUAAACUACUUGAUUUUUAUUCGUAACUUUCACUAAUAAGACUAUUGGUGCUAAGUUGGUACUCAAUGAACGUAGAUGUAUUCCAGUUUUUACAUCUUGUAAUUCAACUGGAUUUUUCGUCUUUUUUGUGAUACUUUUUUAACUGUUUACAACUGGAAAAACGACGUUUUAAAUACUUUUAUGUGAUAAUCAAGGAAAAUUUUAACAAUAAUAUUUUAUAUAUUUUUUGAUUGCAUUGAACUGAAAUAUUUCAAUCAAUUUACAAUUGAUGUGUAAUCAGUCAAAAAGGUUGUGAAACGCUCAAUAGUUGAUUAUUAUUUUCAAUAAUGUUAUAUAUGCCAUUACAUAUUUUUUAUUUAUUUCCAUAAGUAUUUUAAAAGAGUUGCUAUAUAUUAUACAUAUGAAAUUAUUUUGAGGAAAUACAGACAUGGAAUCACUAGAUAAUACAA